UAGUGACGAGAAAAUGUGGAAUAAUAAUAGUAAUAAAGCGACAAGAAGUUUUCUAAAUGAGCCGAAUAACAAUAGUAGUUCGAGUAUAGAUUUUGAUAAUGAUAAUGAUAAGGAAAACGAUCUGCCGAUUGAUAUGGUCCGUGGUGCCAUUGAUGCCAUAUUGAAGUCGCAGACUGCCAUCAAGCCGGCAGUGCUGAAUCCGUUCAAUGUAUCGCACGAUGAGAGUGUGAAGGCCGAGGAGCUGAAGGGCAUCAUCGAGUUCCACUGCAUUGGCAAUUCGUUGACGAAAGAGAUCGAUAAAGAGACGAUGAUCUUCCUGCUCGCUCUCCAAUCGAUAUUCGGGCAACAGCUGCCGGAGAUGCCGCCCACAUACAUAACCCGACUGCUGUUCGAUCCCAAGCACAAGACUAUGGCAUUGGUUAAGAAGGGCCAGGCGAUUGGUGGGAUCUGUUUUCGCUUCUUUGCCACGCAAGGAUUCGCUGAGAUCGUGUUCUGUGCGAUCGCCAUGCCGGAGCAGGUGAAAGGCUACGGCAGCCAUUUGAUGAAUCACUUGAAGGACUACAUCCUACAGAAUGGCAUUCAGCACCUGUUGACCUAUGCCGAUUGCAAUGCCAUUGGCUAUUUCAAGAAGCAGGGCUUCUCGGACACCAUACGCCUGGCGCGUCCCAUCUAUGAGGGUUAUAUCAAGGAGUACGACAGCGCCACUCUAAUGCACUGCGAGCUCCAUCCAAGCAUUGUGAACACCCAAUUCACAUCGAUCAUACGCCAACAAAGCGAAAUCCUCAAGGAGUUGAUUGUGCAGCGGCAGAAGGAUGUGGAAAAAGUGCGACCCGGUUUGACGUGCUUCACGCAGGGCAUCGCCUCCAUACCGAUCGCAUCGAUACCCGGCCUCAAAGAGAUCGGCUGGCAGCCGGAGCUGCUGCCCGCACGUGUCGAGGAACUAACGGAUGCCGCUCAUCUAUCGAGUCUCUUCGAUACGGUGCUGCAGUCGCUGCGUCGCCAAGCCUCCGCCUGGCCCUUCCUGUCGCCCGUCAAUGCCAAAGACGUGCCCGACUACUAUGUGCAUAUCAAAUACCCCAUGGACCUCAAGACGGUGGGUGAGCGCCUCGAGCGCGGCUACUAUAAGACGCGUCGCCUGUUCAUGGCUGACAUGGCGCGCAUCUUUUCCAAUUGCCGCGACUACAACUCGCCCAAUACCGAUUACUAUCGCUGUGCCAACACCCUCGAGCGGCACUACCUGAACAAGAUGCGUCAACUCGGACUCAUGGACAAGUGAAACAUCGUUCGAUCGAUCGAUCGACCAUGAUGACGCUGAUGAAUCAGAGUAACAGUUCUUUCCACUUACCUUGUAAUACUCAAAUGCUAGUCACAACUAGACUUUUGUAAAGCGCGAACACACACACACACACAC